AGUUUAUGUCUAAAUUGACAACCAAAAAAGGUGGCAGCGCAAUUAUUAUCCCCACACAAUUUGUAUUGUCAUUCAGUUUGGCAAAAAAUAAUUCUAACAAAUAAUAUAAUGGAACCAGCACAACAAAUUUUGAGCGCAUCGUCAGAAUGGGCAACACCAGUUCACAAGAAUGCCUUAAUGCAAACGAAAUUGAAGUUACCCGUGGAAGAUGCUGAACAAGACUGGGUAAUGCAAGUUGUACGCAAUAGGGAAGGAGAGGGAGUACCACUCAAAAUGGGUAUGGAAUUAUAUGCCGCUAAUAAAGUAGGACGUCUACCAUUCCUCAAUUCGAGCCACAUGAUGCGUGAUAUUAUAUUAGCUAGAGAUGAAAUGAUUGACUUCUCCGACAUACUCGGUCAUCCCGAUCACUUUGAGUUCCAGAACCAGCCACAUGCCACCGUCGAAAAAAUGAUGGAUCGCAAUCCCAGCUAUUUGUAAAUGUAAUUUCAUUAAUAGAAAUGGAGAAGAGUUUUGCAUAAAUACAUAAAUAUUUAGUUGUAACAUAAA